UCUCCAAUUGAUCCGGUGCCUCCUUUUGCGCCGCAAAAGGAGAGAAGCUCUAGCUCUCCCGUUGGGCGGGAACAAUUUCACUGGGAGAAAAAAAAAAGGCGCGGCGGCAGCGGUGGUGACGGGGAGGCGUUGGUUCCCAGCGAACAGUGGCUUGGUAGUACCGCAAUGGUCCGUAAUGGCAAAAAUGGUGGACUUCAUCUGAAACAGAUCUCUUACUACAAACAAACGGGUGGAUACCACCCCACAACAUUAGCAAGUGAAAGGAGCGGAAUAAGAAGAGCAGCUAAAAAAUUUGUUUUCAGAGAUAACAAGCUGUUCUAUGUGGGAAAAGACAAGCGGCAAAUGCGCCUGGUGAUUCUUUCUGAUGAAGAGAAAAGGAAAGUGUUAGCAAAGUGCCAUGAAAACCAUGCAGGUGCACAUCAUGGCAUAUCAAGGACACUGACCCUGGUGGAAUCUCAAUAUUAUUGGACAUCAGUAACCAGCGAUGUAAAACAGUGGGUGUACGAUUGCGAGCAUUGCCAGGUAGCAAAGAAUACAGCUGCUGUAGCGUCUAAAUUCCAUUCUAUUAAGGCAGAAGACCCGUGGACUGUAGUUACUCUAGAGCUAAUGGGACCUUUUCAUGCCACCAGCCGGAACAAUGUGUAUGUCAUCCUCCUAACAGAUGUCUUCACUAAGUGGGUUGUGGUUUUGCCCCUGCCUGACCUUUCAGCAGCUGAAGUGGCUAAGGCAGUUGUCAGCACAUCGUUCUGUUAUGGACCACCUCAGAAAAUAACUAUAGAUCAGGAAGAAGAGUUUGUUCAUCAGAUCAACAGGGAGCUGUUUGAACACUUUGGGACAAAGCAAUUAAUAAUGCCAUACCCUCAAGCUGAUCAUGAAAAUGAAGCUGUCAAGACAAUCAGAUCUUUCCUUCUCAAAUACUGCACGGAGCACACCAAAGACUGGGAUGACCAUUUGCAAGCUAUUUCAUAUGCAUUUAACUUGAUUGAUUCAGAAACUAGCAACAACACGCCCUAUUUCCAAAUGUUUAAACGAAAUCCUUAUAUACCUUCAACAUUAAGUGUGAUUCAAGAAGGAGAGAGUGACUGCCUGUUUGUGAGAAUCUUAGCUGCUAUUAGACAAGCAGAGAAAGCAGUACAGGAAAGGACAAUUUCAAGUUGCCAGAAUAUGAAGGAAAUGCCUGUGGAACAGCAGAGUGGGAACAUGAACCAAGUCAGGAAGAAACCAAAGCAAGUUAAUCAAUUUCUCCUUAAAGUUGGACAUGAAGUUCUCAGACAAAAGAAGAAUUGGUGGAAAGAUGGUCGCUUCCAGUCCGAAUGGGUUGGCCCUUGUAUUAUAGAUUACGUUACUGAUAAUGGCUGUGCAAUAUUAAGAGAUGCCUCUGGCUCCAGGCUGAAAAGGCCCAUCAAAAUAUCUCAUCUUAAGCCAUAUAUAAGAGGAUCUCAGGAACAAGAUAGCAGCUACGUUUGGCAGAGUGCCGUCAUGGUUGAUCAUGAUUAUGUCGGUUCAUCCGAAACGUCCGCGGGACAGAGCUCCAAAGAUGUCUUUUCCGGAAAAGGUCCACCUGUUCCCGUUGCUGAUGAUGGCCUGUCGGGGAAGGACCGUGUCUUCUCAGAAUGUAACAGUAGCGCAGAGACAGAAUUGAUAGACCCAGACUCCACUCACUCAAUGCCGAAGAAUCCAAAACAGUGGUGUGCAGCUUACUGGACUCUUCAGAAAAAGACAGAGGCUACUUGAAUCAAAUACAGUAAGACUCCAUUGGAAUAAGUGGUACGGAGCUUGUCAAAGGUGUGUAAAUACCAACCUUUGCUUCCUUUGUCCAGAAUUGACCACUGGUUCAGCUACUGCUAAAUGUUCUGUUCGUAUGUUGUAUGAAACCAUAGCUUAGCACCAUAUGCCCAAAUAGCAGCAAGCCUUGGGCUCGUGCAGUCCCCUUUCCUGCUCUGGUGCAGCCAUAGAGGAGGAGACUGGAAACUUUCAGUUGUUUUCCAGCCAACCAUGGUUUCUCAUAUCAAACUGGUUAAAUGUUAACUAUGGUUAAGGGAAACGAGUCAACUUUCAAACAGUCUUCAGGGUAUUGAAACGCAUAACGUAUGUAACUGCUUCCCUUUAAAAAUCUUCUUUUUCUGGCCAUGCGAAAGGAAGAGAAGGGAGUAUAAUAUAAAGUUAUAGAACCAUUACAGAAACAAUUAAAUCUGUUCCAGCAUACAUUCAGUAGAAGAGGGUAGGUUACACGAAACAAAAUGCUUAACUCUCAUGGACCAGGUUAAAGAGGUGCAUAUUUAGCACAUGGUGAAAGUUGUACAAUGAAUAUACCAGACACAUCUCUGUGGAGACUGUGACACAAUUUAGGGGCUGCCACAGAGAAAACCCUCUCCCUUAAGGGUUACUGUAACUGUUUUAUUAAACUGUAUUAUUAUUAUUAUUAUUUAUUUAUUUAUUUUCCGGUAAGCGACUAGUAAGUAAAAAAAACAACAAUUCGACUUUAAAGUACAACACAAACCCUUGUGACUUCUGAAAGUUUUCACCGUCAAAACUUAAUUGGAAUAUGCAAAUAUCCACGAUCUUCUUUAAAUACAGUUUCUCUAUUGUAGGACCUCUGUAAGCUUUAGCACCAGCUAAAUGUUAUUUACUGUCUGACUUGUGCCACCUGGUGGGUUUUUAUAUAACUUCAGGGGAGGAAAUGGAAGACAUACAUUCAUAUAAUGGCCUAGUUUUCCCUAUUCUGGAUUGUACCACUUGAUACUGUCAGUGGGGGUUCUUUAGUGUUUCUGCAGUAGCUUUGACAUGUAAAUUCUGACAGAUCUAAUUAAGCCCACCAGAAGCAACUUGAAAAAUUCUAGGAAGCCAAUGAAGUCUUGUUUCUCAACCAGUAAUUUCACCAGCUCUAGAGAGAUGAGCAGCUUGUGACAGAACAGCUAACAUAAGCUCUCUUCAGCUAACAUGGUUUCUACUUGAAGCACAGUUUACCUUAAAGUAAACUUUGAUUAUAACAGAUAUAACAGUAUAUUGUGAGUUCUGGACAAACUUCUAGCAAUCUGUAGUUUUUUCAGCAAACAGAACUAGAUGGGUUGGACUAAAGGCAAGACCUCACAAACCUCUAAUAAGUGGGGCUCUGCAACAAAACGUUGCCGUCUGUCCUAGAUAUGUGCAUUUUGCUUGGUUCUGAUAAUAUAAAAGACAGAAGCCUCUGCUGUCACUUCAUGUGGGGAAAUGUGUGUAUUUUAGCUUGACAUUUAAAAGUACACGCAGUCAGGACACACACCUGCAUUCAACUGAAUUCAGGAUUCACCUUGGAGGUGGACUGAGGGAUAAUUCAAGCAGAUCGACCAUUGUUUCAACCCGAGACGUAUGGGGGAUGUUUGACCAGGAGUCAUAGAAACGUAGAGUCCAAACAAGCACCAGCCCCACCUCUCACCCCCAAUAUUAAUAGUGGAUAACAUUGUGAUUGAAGCUGAUCUCAGUGCUGCCUCCCUCUUCCAGUUUGCAAUAGGGGCAUAGCAGUAAAUUGCUUUCUCCCCCAGUUGGAGGGGGAAAACAACAGUGGAUAAGUGUGCAGGGUUCUGGUAAACGACUUUCUCAGAUUCAGUCCAGUCUGCAGUAGGAGUAUCAUACUUUCGAGCAACAGUUUGGGGUUGUUGUAUUAAAACAAUCAGAUAGUGACCCGUGGUCUGCAGUAUUCAGCAUGAACUUCACUGCGGGGGUUCUUUCUCCCAGUCCCUUCUGACUGCAAUUUGGGGAUAAUGAUCUGUGCAUGUCUCUUUCUUUGUCUUCUUUUGCACAGUUUCACUACAUUCACUGGACAGUGGGGGGAAACUGAGCAAAUUGAUUACUUAGGGAGAGAUACAUAGGUAGCCUCAUACACCUUCUGCUCUUCUUACUGUCUCUGGCUCCUUUUCUUUUCUUCCAGCUAGCUUCUUUUACCUGCUUACUAGCUGAUAAGCAGCAUUUCCCCUCUCACCCUCCUUUUCACUUUUCUGCACCACCAUGUCGAGGUGCAGCAAGCAGAUCAUGACAACAAAGGGUGAGGAAAACACAAGUGUCCCAAAUGGAGAGAGAAUGAAUGGAAAGCAAUGGAACCUUUUGCCUCUCGUGUCUUCCUCCGGGACACUCCAGAGUCCAGUUCUAUUUCUCCCUCCCGCACUGACAAUGCCCAGUGUAACCCCUCUUAAAUGGGGUGUGCGGGGUAUGUGCUGACGUGAGCUGGCAAGGAUCUACUUGUUCCUAAGCCAGUCCGGUUAUUAGCAAGUUAAGCUCAGGGGCCUGAUCUGGCACUGUUUCCUGGAGCAGCCUGGAGCUAAUGCAAACACCGCUAUGCCACUGGCAUGAGCAGUGGGGCUCUGGAUGCAGCAGUUGCUCAGCUGCCCCCCCAAAGGUGAGGACUGUACCCUAAACCCCCACCCAAGGACUAGGGAAGAACAGAAGGAGACCCAUGCCAAGUUUGCUUGAUAUUCACCGUACAGUCAUACCUCUGGUUACAGACGCUUCAGGUUGUGCAUUUUUGGGUUGCGCACCGCGCCAAACCCGGAAGUACCAGAAUGGGUUACUUCUGAGUUUCAGCACUCGCGCAUGCGCAGAAACACUGAGCUUUGUGCAUGCACAGAAGCGCCGAAUCGUGACCCAUGUAUGCGCAGAUGCGGCGCUGCGGGUUGCAAACGUGCCUCCCGCACGGAUCACAUUUGCAACCUGAGCGUCCACUGUAUAAGAUGAUAAGCUGCUUUAUACCGAAGCAGUCCCUUGAGUCAUGUGGACCAAUACUUUCUUGGCUGGUUCAGGCAGAAGACUUUACUUGUCACAGGAGGUGCUGGGAAAUGGGAAACACAAUCUUCUGCAUACAGAGCAUAUGUACAUAUUUAAACCUACUUGGCUACUUUUAUUCUUAACCACUAGGUGCCACUCACUCACUUUGGUCAAACAAAUCCGACUGCACACAGAAAGAGCAUGCUUGCGUGUUCAUGAAACUGAAUGCAUACAUUUAAAUCAACCCUGUCCCCCAAUCGCCCACAACAAGAUAGCACAAGGAAGGGAGAGUGAAGUGUGAAACACCAUAUGGCUAUGUUUUGGGAAAGAACAUAGGCGUGAGAGUUUGUUAGCUCUGAGUGGAAGGACAUAUUGAGGGAUUACCGUAUUUUUCCGUGUAUAACAUGCCCCCAUGUAUAAGACACCCCUUGUUUGGGGGGACUCCAAAUUAAGAAAAUAGAGGGAGAUUGUCAAGAGUUGUACAGUUGUUGAGCUUUUUGGGGGGAGGAUUGCCCAGAGUUGCUGAGCUUUUUGGGGGGGGGGAUUGCUGAAAGUCGCUCACCCGACUGAAUAACGCUUAAAAUCGCAAAUGACUCAAAAGCCGCCAAUCGCCCGCCCAAUUGCUUCAGGGGAAGCCAAUUGACAACAACCCUUGCUGCGGCCACCAAUCAAACUGCCCAAUAGCCGCAGGCAAUCUCCUGCUCGCGGCUGCAACCAAUCGCCCCUCCCCCCUCUGCACUAUCCGUGUAUAAGACGACUCCCAAUUUUAAACAUAUUUUUAAAAGAAAAAUAUCGUAUUUUUCCGUGCAUAAGACUAGGUUUUUUCCCUUUAAAAUAAUGUCAAAAAUUGUGUGUGUGUGUGUGUGUGGGGAUCUUACACACGGAUACAUCUCCCCUCCAUUUUCUUAAAUCAGAGUCCCCCCAAAUAGGAGAUAUCUUAUACAUGGGGGCAUCUUAUAGACGGAAAAAUAUGGUACCUCAUCUUAUACACGGGAAAAUACGGUAAGUUCUAAUCCACGCCAUUCCCACAGAUAAUUAACAUCUUUUUUUUUUUCUGAUGAAAUUCUGCAUGACCAGGAGAGUGGGUAGCUGUCAAAAGGAUAUGCCCUGCUGUCCAACAGGCAGUGGUGAUGGAUGUAAAGGGACACAGCAGAAAACCAAGACAGAAGGGGGGCAUCGUUAAACAAGCUCAUGUUCAGAAGCACUAUGCGAUUUGCUGCAAAAAUAUGUGAGGCCAAAAUAUGAACCCUAAUAUAAAUGCUAGGUUUAUGUAGUUUUAUAUAUUUGGAGAGAUUUCAAAAAAAAUAUUUGUGCCUGUAUUAACCAACCACGUAGAAGAUGAUUUGCAACGGAUUUCGUAACAAUGUGAAAUGCAGUACUUGAAUAAAAUAAAAUAAAAUAGGUUGGAAGGUUACAAGUCCACACAUCAGCUACUGGAAAUUAGUGAACUGGUGGUUGUUCUUUCUGGUUCUCUGAAAGCAAUCUAUAAAAGAUUGCUAAUAGUUGGCAGCGCUGACCAGCUAGCAAGAAUGUCACCAGCAAGGACAUUUUGCUGUCUGUGAACUGAGACAGUUCCUGAUUAUUAAAUGAAUGUAUACUAGGAAACUGAUGCAAGUUCCCCUUAUUCCAAAGUCUAGUUUGACUUUUUGCCAGAGUAAGUUCCAAGUUGUCAAGUUAACUGGGCUGAAAGAGGUUUGGAGCAGCUGUAGUUCCUUGCCCCAGAAUGCCCUUUUGGGGGACUUAACACUAGCAUAAGUCCCAUCAAUGGAGCCUAAUUGAGGGAGCUGCUGUGCCCCUGGCUGAAUUGAGAGGGGGGAGUUACGCUGGCAUAACCCUCGGUCUGCCACACCCAAACGUGCUCAAAUCUGGUGGCUCUUGGGUUUGGUUUUUGCUGUAAGGCUGCAAUCCCAUAUCCACUUUCCUUGGAAUAUGGCAUUUAUAUACAUAAUAGUUGGCUUACUAAUGUUUAGGCUAAAAUGUAUUUAGAAAAUACAAUUUUAGGGCAGUAUUCAACUAAGUUUUACUCAGUAGAGUAGACCUGUUGAAAUUAGUGAUCCAAAUUUAGUCAUUUUCAUUAAUAUCAACGGGUCUACUCUGAGUAACGCGGGUGGCGCUGUGGGUUAAACCGAUCAGAAGGUCAGCGGUUCGAAUCCCCGCAACGGGGUGAGCUCCCAUUGCUCGGUCCCUGCUCCUGGCAGUUCAAAAGCACGUCAAAGUGCAAGUAGAUAAAUAGGUACCGCUUUGGCGGGAAGGUAAAUGGCGUUUCCGUGCGCUGCUCUGGUUCGCCAGAAGUGGCUUUGUCAUGCUGGCCAUAUGACCUGGAAGCUGUACGCCGGCUCCCUCGGCCAGUAACGCGAGAUGAGCGCUGCAACCCCAGAGUUGGUCACGACUGAACCUAAUGGUCAGGGGUACCUUUACCUUUAACUUUACUGUGAAUUAAGGAAAUGGUUCUCGAAAUCGGUUCUGUCACAAAAUGUGAUCCUG